AUGGUGAUGUGCAGGUUCAGCCGCGGCAUGGAUCGGCGGGAUUACUACAGUCGCUCUCGCUCCGCUGACCAGCGAGCGAUGGCCGACCGGCCUACCUACGCCCGCUCCCAUUCCACAGACCGAGCUGACUCCUCCCACCUGAGAUACAGACACUCCGCCCCCCCCUCACCUGCUCCGACCAGGGCAAAUCAGCAUGGAGGAUCCACCCAGACCAGUCCUUCAGGAACCCCAGUGUUCGGCCGCCGAGGGCGCCAGCUGCCCAUCAUCCCGCCCAAAGGAGCUCCUGACAGAAUUCUGACCACACCCAUCUCAGGAGCUCCGCCUGCAGCUCCUCCCACCUCGCAUCAUCAGGCCCCUCCUCCCUGCCACACACAAGCGCCCCCCUCUCUCAACAACCAACCUCCUGUGAUACGAAUCCAAGCCCCGCCUCCUCCCGAGCCUGCCCAAGCCCCCCCACCUGCACCCACACCAGCACCGGUCCAAGUCCAAGCCCCCCCACCUGCACCCACACCAGCACCUGUCCAAGUCCAAGCCCCCCCACCUGCACCCACACCAGCACCUGUCCAAGUCCAAGCCCCCCCACCUGCACCCACACCAGUACCUGUCCAAGUCCAAGUCCAGCCCCCUGUUCAGACGCCAGACCAAGCCCCUCCCCUUCCUCAUAUACCUGUCCCAGCGCCCCCUCCUGUAGCUAUUGAACCCCCACCUGUGUCUGCACCACCUGCAGAGGCCCUGCCCCCAAGUGAUGAGGCACCAAUACAGACACCCCCAGAACCACCUCUGCCCCCUGCACCUGCCCCAACACCUUCCCCUGCCCCAUCAACGGCCCCAUCACCGGCCCCGCCUCCACAGACUCCAGAGCCCGACAGACGGUCUGCCACACCUGGUGGGACCAGGAAAGAGGUCACAUGGGAGGACCAGCAGAAAAAAACAGCCAAUGGCGAGGUGUUGUCAGCGAGUGUAGAAGGUGUGACGAAGGAUCCUUCGAAGGUGCGAGACAGUCUGUCCUUUAAAUCAUCGGACAGUGAUGUCAGCGAGGUGUCCGCCGUGUCCAACGAGGCCCGCUCGGUCCGGAGGAUCAGUCGAGCUGAGGCUCUGGAGGGCCAAUCAGUGGAGUUGGGGGCGGGGUCAGAGGAAACACAGGAAGUGUCUGGGCAGGCAGAGGGCGGAGCUACACUUCUAAAGAGCGAAUCAGUGGAUGAAGAAGAGCAGGCGGAGCCUGAGCCUUCAAAGGCGGCGGCAGCACCAGCUCCUCCUCUCACGAAGUCCUCCAGCGUGGGCGGAGAGAUCUGUUCGUUGGGACGGAACGACGACGACGACGACGACAAGAAGCGGCGCCCCAGCUUCGGCGCCAAAAUGAUGGGGAUCGUUGGACUGGGCAAGAAGAGCCAGAGCACGUCCCAGCUCAAUCCUGAGGAGGAAGAGAAGAAGAAGAAGGUGGUGAGACUUCCUGUCCAGAGGAGUGUUGAGACCGGUCUGGCCGUCGAGUUUAAGUCCAGAUUCACCCGACAGCUGAGCCGGGACCCGGACGCCGAGGAACCCAAACCCGGAGCCCUGAUCUUCCCCGGGGUGAAGCUCGCCUCAGACAAACACUUCACGGGGUUCCUGGACGGGUUAGGCCCCGCGCAGCUGGCUGGACGGCAGACCCUGGCCACGCCCCCUAUGGGUGACAUCCAGAUCGGGAUGGUGUACAGGAAGGAGCGUCUGGACGUGGAGGUGAUCCGAGCCCGGGGGCUUCUGGGUAAACAAGGCAACAAGAACACACCAG